AUCCAUAUUUAUCAAUUCUCUAGAUUUCUGUCUUUCCGCCAUCAAGGUACAUGGCGAAAAAGUUCACGUGAAAAAUUUCACAUUUUCAUGUUUGAGAGAGUUACAUGAUCCUACAAAAUCAUACAUGAUCAUAAUGGAUGCAUUUGGUGACAAUUUUGUCAAUGAACCUGAUGUAGAUCCAGCAGCAGAAUUUCUAGCAAGGGAGCAAGAUCAGUUAGCUGGUUUAGAAGAUGACAUUACACCAAUGGCUGUAACUCUGGCUGCAGCAGCAGGUCAUAACGAAGAUUGUGUUGUUUCCAUUUUACUUCUUAGGGAAUCAGCCAAGAAUGCAGAGAAGCAAUUUGUCGCAGAAGCAGAUGAGGUCGAACCAGGUACCGAGUGGGAACGCAUCGCCAAACUUUGCGAAUUUAACCCAAAAUCGUCUCGCACUUCCAAGGAUGUUUCCCGAAUGCGUUCAAUUAUUUUGCAAUUGAAGCAGACACCGCCUACUCCCAUUAACGCUUGAUUAAAUUAAAAUUAUCUUUGAGUGGAACUGGGCACUGAGAGCAUAUGAAUUAUGAUAAUAAUAAAUGAAAGAAAUUCCAGAUGAAACAAAA